UCACAGCCAACCCGCAGCGAGUUAACACCUUCGCCCAACGACGAUAUCCAGCCCCUCCAUCUCGAAACGAAGUUUGAGCGCUUUCGAAUAGCGGAUCUCUCACCUGCCGAACCUUUUCACAGCGUUUCCGAGUGCCCCGCCGAGAUUCAGCGCGUCGGAUGGGAGGCGUCGCGAUUGAUUUGACAGGCUCAUCUGCCUGCUGAGCUAACACACUCAACUCACGCAUUUCUUGCAACUUCCUUUAUUCUGGACCGGGGCUCGCCUCUCGACCGACAAAGCAGUCACCAACGGGAAAAUUCAUCAUGGCUCAACCUCAGCCUCAGACGCAGAUGCAGGUGCCGCCUCGCGCAUUCUCUCCGCCGCAGCAUUCACCCUCGCCUGCCGCGUCGCAGACCAACUUCGCCCUCCCACCGCAGAAACGAGCUCGAACCGACGGGCCAUCCUCGCAACCCGAAUCGCCAUAUGCCACAUCCCCUUACGCCGCGAGUCCAGGUGCUACUCCAGGUGCUACAGCUACGCCGCCUGCUGGGACUGGAUCUCCUGCAUUUGCGCAAAGCCCUGCUCUGCCGCAACCGUAUGCUACACCUUACACCAACGGCCACACAACGCCUGGCCUUAAUCUCCCUGACGUACGACCGAACUCAACACCCCCUAUUCAGCAGACUCAGCAGCUACAGCAGCCCAUACCUCAAUAUACCAAUGCCACAAUGACUCCUGUUCCUGUACCCACUCCUGGUCAGCUAAUGACCCCAACUCCUGGCCCCGGAGUCAUGGGGCCUCCCCAAAGGCCAGCAGAGCGACCAACAAAGGAUUACGAAUACGAUGUGACAGAUUCACUUGCCGGUACUGGCAUCGACCUUCGAGCUGAGGAGCAGUAUAUGAACGACCUGUAUGCGACCGGUUUCGACGAAGCGCGGACGGGCUUUGCCCACCAGCCGCCGGGGCCAAAGUCGAGCUUCUACGGUGCCGGACCAGCAAAUCAGCCUGCCCAGUCUGUUCCGGAUCAACCACAGGAUCAGUUUGCUACACAGCAAGCGGAGAGGGCUUGGUCAGAGUCGUCGAUGCGACUUGCACUUCAGCGGACACAGGAGAUAAGUGAUCCUUUUUUGCUGGUCGCUUUGCUGCAUCGACGCGCGGACAAAAUUGCACGAGAACACCACCUGGCGCUGAACCUGGACCUGAAGAACAACAGUCAAACCAUGGGAAAGAUGAGGCUUCCAGAACAAUUUCCCGCGCCAAAGGUGACGGUUAAAGUGACUCCAGGCCCAGAUUCGACCAUGGUUCAUACAACCGGCUCAUACAUCCCACACGAUGCUUUUCUAGUUGAUCAGUUGGCAUUGAUGUCUAUUGCAACAAAGCAGCGACUCCGAGAACUAGUGGAAGAUGCACAUGUAGUGGCAACGAAUAGGCAAAAGACAUCUCAUGGCGACAUACCUGAGGAAUGGAUUCCAGCGGCAGCUCCUAUGAAUGCUGAGCCCCUCGAGCCCAUUGAGAAGCCAGCGGAUGCAGUCAACGGUGUCGACGGGACCCCUGUGGAGAGUGCGAACGGGGAUAGCACGAAUCCACUGAAGCGUUCCAGCGAUGUAGCUGGAUUGACCAACGGCGUGCCUCCAGUUAAGCUGCCUAAAGUGUCGUCGUAUAUGACAACGACGAUGCGGGACCUUGCUAGACAGGAGCGUGACUGGGAAGAGGCACGACUCCGCAAGCGCCAGAAACGCAAGGACGGUAUACCAGACUCGGGAGCCACGACAUCACGUGCUGGUAGCGUGGCGCCUGGCACUCCUGGUUCUGUAGCGCCAGAAGCUCCAAAAGCAAUGACGAAGAAGGAGAUGAAGAAGAACCAGCAGAUGAAGGCUGCUGAAAUUGACAGUCAUCAGAGCCAAAACACCACGAGUAGCCUCUUUGCUGGCUUCGGAGGUAAGGGCGGACUGUUUGGUAAAAAGAAGGCUGGCAAGACAUACGACUGGAUGACUCGAGGCAGCGGAGCCAGCACGCCGACCAGAAACGUUGCGGGUGCCGGAAAAGGGCCCGGAGGGCUGGGAGCGACGCCGGCACCUGCAAACAUGGCCAUGACUACCGAGGGCCGCAAUCGACUUGGCACGUGGAGAGAGGACAAAGAAAAGGGGCGGAAUAUCCAGCUUCGCGACUGGGUUUCAGUAUUAGAAAGGGACGGAAGAGAAGGCAAGGCGCUUCAAAAGGCGUACCUUUACCUGGACGCAUCGAACCCCAAAUAAACACAGCACAGCACAGCACAUCAUAACAAACUAUAGCUAUCAAAAUGCGGCGAGGUAAUGGGAUAGGGAAGGUGUGAGAUGAGAUUUCGUGACACGGCCAGGGCUAGGGAUGAUCAGCUAGCGGAAGAAGAUACCCUGCGCAGCGUGCAUGGCUUGAUAUUACUUAGCACGGCGUUUUAUGUUUUUCUUACUAAAGGCAUGACUGUGGGGACAGGCAGUCCUUAUUUUCUUCAUUUUGGCAUGCACUAUAGGAAAUGAAUGGGAGAGGGUAGCUUUUGACGGCAUGAAGAUUGGGGAUUCUUUUGAGACUGAGGGAAAUUCGACAAUGCUGUUUAGGCGUACACAGUAGGAAGAUGGGUGCGCCAUGUAUUUCUUAGGCUUUUCUUUCAGCCAUUUUCACCCUGCUUUUCUGAAGCUUUGGAGCUCAGCGAAAAGGGCUAUAGUUUGGGAAGAGAGGUGAAGGGACAAGGGCCUUCUAGGGAGAGAUGAAAGAAUAGACCCCUUAUGGACUUGGCCUAACCUGAAUUUGAACUUGAACUUUGAGUUGAUCUCGUGAUGAGUCUUUUGUUGGGCGGAAACAUUCCUAUGUUGUAGC